AUGGAUUUCAACUUUAGCCAUCUCGUCGCCUGGGGCGGGAUGCUGCUCGCAGCAGCUGCAGCCUAUAUCGCCGGCUUCAUCAUCUACCGUCUGUACUUCCACCCGCUCGCCAAGUACCCGGGCCCUUUCCUGGCCAAGAUCACCGAUGCGUACAUGCUCUACUUUGCCUGGAAGGGCGACCGGCACCUCCAGUUCUGGCGGCUGCACGAGACGUACGGCCCGAUUGUGCGCUGGGGCCCCAACAGCGUGUCGUUCAACAGCAACACGGCCCUCAAGGAGAUUUACGGGUUCAAGGCCAACGUGGGCAAGUCGUCGUUUUACGACGCGUUUGUGCACCCGGCCCACAACACGCACAACGCGCGCGACAAGGCGCAGCAUGCGCGCAAGCGGCGGGUGCUGUCGCACGCCUUUUCGGACAGUGCCGUCAAGGAGGCCGAAAAGUACAUUCUGGCCAACGUGCGUUCCUUUUGCAAUGUCCUGGGGGGCAACGGAGGCCCAGGCAAUGCUGUGGCAGCCACCGGCGACAAAUGGUCGGGCCCCGUCAGCAUGAGCGACCAGUGCAACUACCUGGCCAUGGACAUUCUGGGCGACCUGUGCUUUGGCAAGGCCUUCCACAUGCUCGAGGCGCCCGACAACCGGUACGCCGUUGACCUGGUCGGCGUGGCCGCGCGGCGCCACCUCAUCUGCGGCACCAUGCGCUCCGUCGAGCAGACGGGCAUCGAGAAGGUGCUGUUCCGCGAGAUUGCCGCCGGCCGCGCGCGCUACAUGCAGUACAGCCGCGGCCAGCUGGCCGAGCGCAUGGCCCUCGGCGACGACACGGACCGCCGCGAUUUCUUUUACUAUCUGCUCAAGGCGCGCGACCCGGAAACCGGCGAGGGGUUCAGCAAGCCCGAGCUGUGGGGCGAGUCCAACCUGCUCAUCAUUGCCGGCUCCGACACGACGUCGACGGGCAUGGCCGCCACGUUCUUUUAUCUGGUGCGCCACCCCGCGGCCCUGGCAAAGGCAACGCGCGAGGUCCGCUCGACGUUUUCUGAUGUCGAGGAGAUCCAGCAGGGUACCGCGCUGACGGGCUGCACGUACCUGCGCGCCUGCAUCGACGAGGCCAUGCGGCUGUCCCCGGCCGUGGGCGGCCUGCUGCCGCGCGAGGUGCUGGCGGGCGGCAUGCAGAUCGACGGGCACACGAUCCCGGCGGGCAUGGUGGUCGGCACGCCGCACUACACGAUCCACCACAACGCAGCGUACUACCCGCAGCCGUGGGCGUACACGCCGGAGCGGUGGAUUGCGGGCAGCACGUUGCCGAGCGGUGCGGUUGUCAGCGAGGACGAUGUGCGCUGCGCGCAGUCAGCCUUCUGUCCGUUCAGCAUCGGCCCGCGCGGCUGCAUCGGCAAGGGCCUGGCAUACACGGAGAUGAUGACGACACUCGCGCGGACGCUGUUUUUGUAUGAUGUGCGGCGGGCCCAGGGUGUGGUGGACCCGGGCGAGGGCCGUGUAGGUGCCGAAUGGGGCCGCGACCGGCCGGGUGAGCUGCAGAUGAUGGACACAUUUACGAGUGUCAAGAAGGGCGUGAUGGUGGACUUUAAGCCGCGGGCGUAG